AAACACAGAGAAAACAAAGUAUAUCCAUUUGAAUCACCAAUCAAGACCUUACAACUGCCAACGAUGCCUAUCCUCCACGCCGUGCCCUUGACGUUGAGCAAGCUAGCACAACUCACCGAGUCCCUACUCUACCAUCGAGUGACUUCUCCUCCGCCAGCAAAUGAGGGAACAUAUGUGUGCCACCCGGCAAACAUACACGGACUCAUGCUCUUUUGGCUCGGUUUCUGCAUGGUUGUGGGCUUCAUCUGCGCAUGGCAAACACGAUUUCUCGCAGGCCGUCUGUAUGGCCAAAGGGAAAUGGUGUCGGAUUUGGCGAACUUACCCGGUGACGAAUUGGUCCCGACGUUGAAGCAGAUGUGUAAAGGAUUUGGUAUAAGGAGAUCCCUUCAAAUCGAGGAUGCGGAUGGAAGGUCGGAUGAUUGGGGCUGGAAUUGGGAUUCCGGUUGUGAAGCAGACGAGUGA